AUGUUAAAUCCAGCCAAAAGGACGUACUCAAAACGAAAUCGUCCCACUAGAGCUUGCUCAGAGUGUACCAGGAGGAAGCAAAAAUGCGAUCGAAGCAAGCCAUGCCGAGCAUGUGCCGUCAGAGGAGCCGAGAGCCAUUGCGUAUAUGAAAAUGAAUCAAGGCCCGGAACUCCUACCGCGAGACCAGGGAGGAUCCCUCAUGCACAUGCCUCUCGACCAGAUUCGUUCAGUCCAACAGUUGAGGAAUCCUCGGUAAUUGAAGAGGAAGGCGAGGAGUAUUCGGAACAGGAACUUCUCCGUCUAGGAUAUGCCCAUAAGGGUGAUCAUGCUCUAUCAGCCUUGGGCGAGCUUCUUCACCAUGCUCAGAGAGAGUUACAAGCUCCCGCGGCCCAAGCACCUUGUUUGUCUAAGAGUCUUGAGGGUGAAUACUGGGCUCUUGUUGACACCUUGCCAGGCAUGCCGUUGGUCCAACUGUUGGUUCAAGUCUUCUUUGACGAGGUCAACUGGUACUUUGCUGUGUUGGAUCAAUACUAUUUCGACAUGAGUUUUGUUGAAUGGAGCACAAUCCCACGAAAUCCAUCGGAUUUGCAAAAGUUGUCGCCAUCCGUUUUAUACUUUCCCGCCUUGUUAUUCCAAGUUCUUGCAUUGGCUUUACAGUUUCUACCCCCAAAUCAAAGCAAUAAGCUCAAGUUAAGUGGUAAAGAUCCACAGAAUAUCGAUGCGAUGUCGAGUCACCUGAGUGGACAGGGCGAAAAGAUCAUGCGUCUUUGUGGACGGCGUGCUCCUAAUGUUACCAGCGUCCAGGCGGACAUCAUGUGCUGCGCUUGGCAAAAGAACGAUGGGAGAGGUGGAGAAUCAUGGUACAGCCUGAGCAACGCCACAAGACAGGCUCAAGAGAUCGGACUUCAUCUUGAAUCUGGCCAAACAUCACGCUACGAGAACGAUGUUAGUGCAGAGACACUUAAGCAGUUGUGGUUCAAUGAGCACAAACGAAGGCUUUGGGCCACCAUCCUGACGUGGGAAAGCCACAUGAGUCUCCAACUUGGGCGUCCACGGUUGAUUCAUGUGAGUGACUGUACCGUGGUAGAUCCUAUAGACUGCGACUUUCCUCGAAACCCAUCCAGGACACUAUUCCGACUACCGAGCCUGGAUGAGCGUCCAUCAUUGUAUACCACUCAAUUGGUGAAGUACAAGAUCAGCCAGACUAUACAUCGUAUGAUGUCCAUUGGCGCCACUCAACCACUUCUACAAAACUAUGAGAUCAUUGAAUCACUACAUUCUGGUGUUUUAGACUUCCUGGAUAACCUGCCGCCGGCAAUGAAAUUCGACACUCCUGAUUUGUCAUGGGAUGCAAGGUAUCCUAGUUUGAUCAAGGCACGCCCCCAAAACGCAAUCGUCGUGCAUUCAUUCCUGUUAGCAUUACAUCGGCCACACGCAGCGAGGCACGAAACAAGUCGACAGCGAGCAACAGAAGCUGCAAUCGGAUCACUAGAAGCCACCGAGGAGUUGUUCAAAUUGACCGAACCUCAUCAAUAUAAGAUCCACACUAUUGUGUUUCACACAAUCGACUCCGGAAUAUUCCUCGCAACUGCAGCCAUAAAAUACCACACCCAGGAGUCCCAGAUGAGAAGCAAGAUCGACCAGACACUCGAGCGAGCUAUCGAGAGGUUGAAGAUACUCAAGGUCAGAAAUUCAAUCGCACGACAUGGGGAAAAGGCGUUGACGAAAUGCCUAAAGAAGUUUCGACGGUCUUGGACUAACGAUAUCUCACCCAUGUAUACCACUUCGAGCGUGCCAGGCGACAUGCAGAAUUUGUCGAUGGGCUCAGGGCCAGGGAUAGCAGGGACGGAUGGUUCUAUCACACCAAUCGGUAGGCAUUCGAACGCUGGUGUCGAGCAAGAUCCCCUGAUGGGAAGAGACCUGUUCGAAGACAUUACCAAUGCACGGGUUUCCACCAGUUCGUGGCUUGAACACAUGGAUAUGAUGUCCAAGCUCGAUCUUCGCUUCGAUGAGAGUGAUUAUUCUUGGGACGACCUUUUUACGUGA